AUGGACUACCCGACGGCUUUGGCCACCAUCGAGAAGGCCUGUGCAGAGGCACAGCACCCUACGACUCGACUGCAGGCCGAGAAAGUCUUGAUUGACUUUAAGCAAAGCGCAAACAUUGUGCCCGUCUGCCAGUAUCUCCUCGCCAACUCCAACACCCCCUCUGUCCAAUUUCACGCCGCUUCAGGAAUCACAGGAGCAAUCGUUCGGGAGUAUGGCUUGUAUCAGAAGCAGGACAUUCACAACCUGCAGCGAUACCUCAUCAACUACAACCUCGAACAUCCACGAUUGGUCCCCUGGGUCGCCAAGCAGAUCUACCAGGCCAUCGCUGUGAUCUCCAAGCGUGGUUGGCUUGAGGCGUCUGAGGCAGAGCAGGAUGUGGUCUACAACGACAUUCGACACCUCUUAUCGACGAACGACCAGCAAAAGAAGAUUGGACUGGCCUUGGCCCAUGCGAUGGUCGAUGAGUUCUCGAGCAGAGGAAAGGCAAGCAGUGUCGGAUUGACUUGGGAUUUCCAUUACAAGACAAAGAACUCGUUCGAGGAGCGUCACUUGCGUUUGCUUUUUGAAGCAACGUUGACAAUCCUUCACGAGCAGUUGCGGGAUCUGAUGUCGAUUCCUGGACAGGAGGUUUCCGGAUCACAAAAGCCAUUGCUCAGUCUUUCGAUUAUCCUUCUCGAGUCGAUCCUGCAAUGGGACUUUGCCACUACCAGCCAGCCUGUGUUGGCCGGUACAUUCGCUGACGACGAGGAUGACUUCAGCAGGACCAUUGUCUACCCUGCUAGCUGGCGCCCAGUUCUCGUGAACGCUGAUGUUCUUUCCAUGUUCUUCACGUUGUUUCCGUUGAUUCAGGACGACAACAUCAUGACCCACCGUGUUCGACAGUGUCUGAUUCAGCUUUGCGGUCUGCAUGGAGCCAUCUUUGAGAAUGAAGCAGCUACAGUCCACCACAUUUCAGGAGUGAUGAAUGGUCUCUUGGCCCUCAUCAACAACGUGGCGUCGUGUUCUUCGGACGAAUGCUUGCAGGCGGAUUACACUGAGAAUAUGAUUGCUAUUACGGAGAUGAUUCGACAGUUGCUCUCCUUCCACUCGAUCCAAACGAUCUGUGCUGUUCCCGAAAAGUUUGACUUUUUGAACCAGGUCGCCUUGUUGACCGUCCAUUGCUUGAGCGAGUCGUCCAAGGUCCCUGAAGAGUCGGAGAGUCUCAUGGGCGCCUUUGACGAACUCUUGGUAACCUGGGUGAAGCUCGUCCAGGACUCGCAGGCGGCUAUCUCGGAUCACAACUCACCCGCAUUGGUUGCUGACGCCACCAACCUGCUGCAGUUCUUCCACAGCGUCAGCUACCGCAUCGUGGAAAAGUAUAUCGACACUCGACUGGAGCUUGCCAAGUUCAACGCCCUGGUGGACGAGGAGAGCGAUGGAUUCCAGGACUGGGAAACAUACGGCGAUCAACUCAUUUCGAUCGCUGCCUUGGCCCGACUUGACCCUCACAACACGCUUCUCAGACUUCAGGGACUCCUUCACGAUCGCAUUGAGCGUCUUCAGAGCUUCCUCAGCACCACACACGAUGGAAACCACCCCGACUAUGUCGUCUACAUUUACGAACACCUGCACUGGCUGAUCGUUAUUACAGGAUACGUUUUUGCCGAUAACAACAUCGGUGAGACGGCCUUGAUCCCCGAGACUUUGAACGAGGUUUCGAAGACCCAGGCCUUGGCUCAGGACCAGCUCAUCAACAUUUUCAGCAACCUUAUGAGCCUGCUGGACUCAGUCUCCCUUGAUUCUCACUCCGCUCAGGCAAUCUCCUGCAGUCCACAGGUCGCUCUUUCUCUCUUCUGGUUCCUUGAGAGAUGGGUCAAAACAUACCUCUUCGCCAGCCCGGAGAACUACGCCGCUCUCAGCCCCAACUUGGUUCAGGCAUAUGGAGAGGCGUCUCAGGGUGGCAAGGGCAGCUCUAUUCUCGAGUUUUUGGUGGCCAAACUUCGUAUCAACUUUAUCAUGUGGAACGCCGACCCCGACGUUUUGAUCCAAAUCAUUGCCUUGCUGAACACGUUUGGUCAAAGGGCUCCCGUGAGAAACACAUUGCUUCAGUCUGAGCAAUUCCCUCCUCUGGUCGGCUUCUUUAUCGACCACCUUUCCAUCCUCCCUGAAGUUAUCCACAAUUCUCUUAUCCAGUCUAUCACAGCGAUCAUCUCAUACGCUCCCACGGAGCAGUUGAAUGGACAUUACUUUGGCUUGGUCUCUGCGGCGAUCGAGACGCGCUUCGCAGCUGUUUUGCACGACAAGGAUCUCAUGACGAAAUACCAAUCUUCUGAAGUCAUGAGCCAGAUCAUGAACGGUCUCGAGAUGUUUAAUGGACUGGCAUUGGCAUUGACGGACAUUAAUACCCCUAUGAUCUAUACAUUCUGCUCCCGGUUCUUCGAGUCGUUUGUGAACCUUGUCCGGAUAUACAGCAAUUUCCCCGAAGUUCAGAUCUUGGUGCUCAACUUGUACACAGACUUGAUCAAGCACCUCGAGUUCACCUCCCUGACCCCCGAGCAGGUCAGCUACUUCCACACGUGUCUGCUGAACCUGUUGCAGACUUUCUCGAACGCCAACUUGGGCAAGAAGCGCGCCAGCUCAUGGGAAGAGGCGGAGGAUGAGCCCUACAGUGAUGUUUCAGUUGUGCUAGAGAUGUUGUUGAGUUUGCUUGAGGUUCUGGGUGUCGAUCAGAUGUUGGCCCACUCUCCCAAUGCCGUCUUGCCCUCUACUGUUGUCUUUUCUGGAAUCAAUAUCCUCAUCCCCAUGAUCAAAGAGAACAUGCUCAAGAUCCCUCGGUUGUGCACAUUAUAUGUGCGCUUGAUUUCAAAGCUGGUAGAAUCGUACCCUGGACGCCUGGUCGAGUUGCCCGGAGACCUUCUCAACAACCUGAUGGCUUCGCUCAAGUUUGGAAUCGAUCACAACAUCCUCGAGGUCUCACACUUGACCUUCCAGGCCAUCACCGCUAUGGCUCUCUAUGCCUGCAACGCCUCACUCCACCACCCUGCAGAGUACCUUUCUGGUCUUCGACCCCAUCUGGACGAAUUUUUGAAGCUGACGUUUGAGCAAUUGUUGUUUAAAAAGCUGGAUAUGGAAUUGGUUGAUGUGGCUGGAUCAUGUGUGCUGGCGCUUGUCUGCGCGCGCCAGGAGGCUUACGGUGGAUUGAUUGAGCAACUGUUGGCGGCGAGUGAGACACCCUUGACGCCCGAGUUGCAGCAGCGUCUGUCGGAUUCGUUCCAGCAUCUGGCUACGGCGUUCCCGACGUCGGAUAUUGUGGGACAGAGAGCUUUGACACCUAGAGAUAUUGCCAUGACACCGGCUCGGCGGGAGAUCUUUUUGAGGUUCCUGAUGGGCGUUCGUGGUGUUUUGCGCGUCAAGUAA